GUUUUAUAUGUACAUGUACACACGUACAUGUAAUUAAUUAGUGUACAUGUACACAUUUGUAGGUAUGUUUGUGUAUCUGUAUUUGUGUUUGCAAAGCUUGAAGAGCUAGCCUGGAGUGCUCGAGUGGGUCUGGAUUGUAUAGUCUGGUUGCAUACAUCACCUAUGAGUUGGAGCAUAACAGAUAAAGUCAAGCAAUGGCAGCCAGCACUAGCUUCCAUUUUCAAGUAGUGGGAGAUGAUCUUACCGGUAAUCAGGCUCUACUGAAACGAUAUGCAACAGAGAGGCACUUUGAAGUUGAUGGAAGUCUGUGCAACAUUCGGCUAUCACUGUUCCAAGACCCAACUGAAAGAACUGUCCUUACGUUGGGAUCUCCCGAGACCAUCGAUGGCUACAUCUUCGUGUACAGUGUGUCGGAUACGGAAUCUUUCCAUAGGCUGUAUGAAUGGUUCAAUCAGAUCGAUAUGUUCAAUGACAAAAAAUCAAUAUUUGAAGAGCCCAAAGUUCUGCUAGGAAAUGUGUCGAGCAGUGGAGAGAGAAAUGUUGAGUUCGAUCUUGUCUUAGCAUUUGCUGAGUUUGCAAAAAUGAAGUACUUUGAAGCCAAUCUUGCUGAAGACACGAUAGGAGCUGAGAGGGCAAUUUCAACACUUGUUAGUGGCAGGUUGCCACCGGCAGCUGUAAAGCCAGAGGGCUCAAGAAAGUUGUUCUCAAGGUCACGAGCCAAUACAACUGUUGGAAGAAACGACAAAGCGAUAACAUUACCUGCUACUACUAGUCGUAAGAGGUCUGAGACGUUCAGAUCGUUAUCCGAAGAUAGCACACACAAAUUCAGUCUCAAUAGCCAAGAAUUUAUGCUGCUAAGCAAAACAAUGAUGGACUUGAACAUGACCGUUGCCAGGAUGCCAUCACUCAAUCUACACACUGAGGAUAUGGAUAUGAAGCAAGAUGGGACAGAAAGUAGUACCGGAAAUACAGCAAACCCAUUGGAUAGAUUUUCAAGAGUUGCUAAGGAAGCAAAUGUUUAUCUGAAGGCUACUCGAGAAAAGAUUGAAUCACUUCGAACAGCAAGCAACGAAAUGUUUGGAGCACUGAAACAGACUGUAGAAGAACUUCACGAUACUAUUGACGUCUUGAAAGCCAACAAGCAUGAUCUUCGUCAGGAAUUAGAUGAAGCAAAUGAUCGAAACGAGCAUAUACAGAAAGAACUUGAUGUGAUAAGGAAGAGGUUAAAAGAUUCAUCUCAUUGGAUAAUCAGCAAAGAAGAAGUUGAAUUAACGAGCAAGAAAUUGGGAGAUGGUGGAUAUGGUACAGUCACAGUGGCUAAUUUUCGUGGUAUCCAAGUGGCAGCAAAACAGAUUCACGGGAUGAUUCUAACCUCGUACAAUCGAGGAAUGUUUGACAGAGAAAUGAACAUUGCUUCAAAAGUGAGACAUCCAAACUGUGUACAGUUCUUAGGUGCUGUGGUGGAGGAAGAGCCGAUUAUCUUGAUGGAGUUAAUGCCGACAGUUCUGCGAGAAAUCCUUCCCAAAGAGCUAAACCGAUUGUCACAAAAUCAGAUCCCACCGAUAUGUCGAGAUAUCGCUAGAGCACUAACGUACUUGCACUCCAUGAAGCCUCAACCAGUAAUCCACCGCGAUGUUAGCAGUGCAAAUGUACUCUUGGAGCCAAUCGCUAACUCGCUGUUGAAAGCAAAGAUCUCAGAUUAUGGAUCCGCCAACUUUGCACCGCUGGUCAAUACGAAGGCACCUGGUAAUGCUGUGUAUGCAGCGCCUGAGGCUUGCUCAGUAAAGUUGCAAUCUACUAAAAUGGACGUGUUCAGUUUUGGUGUGCUAGUUGUUGAAAUUCAUUUGAGGGAAUUUCCCGAUCUGAAUAGUCGAGAUCAAAGGGUGUAUCAAGUGGAGCUCAUGUACCCUCAGAUUGCUUCGUUGAUUAAGAAGUGCCUGUGUGAAAAGCCUGAGGAUCGUUUACAUAUGUUUGAAAUUCUAGAAAAGUUGAAAUAAACUGCUGAAUUAUUGAAGUGUUAUGUGUACAUUAUAAACCAUUAUAUAAUUGAUAUGUGUUUUGUAUAGUUAUAAACUGAUGUGUACAUGAUCUGCGCAUCUAA